GGAGAAGAGAAGAGCACACACACUCACACACACAGACAGACAGAGCGGGAACAGGCAGAGAGACGGAGGACAGAAGUGGACCAUCCGCUGGAGGACGCUCGGUCGUGUUGCACAGAUCCCCCCCUCAGCGCUCGGCCGCCGCGACCCCCAGACAUGGACGAUGACGUUGACGGGUUGGAGAAGUCCUCGUCUCUGGCCGGCUGCGACGUGGCGGUGGACAGCGCCGCGAACACGCCCAACGGCUCCCGGCAGCAGAGGGGGAAACUGUCGUCUUUAGGGAAAAUCUUCAAACCCUGGAAAUGGAGGAAGAAGAAAACCAGCGACAAGUUUCAAGACCUGUCCAAAGUUUUGGAAAGAAAAAUCUCAACAAGACAAACGCGGGAGGAGCUCAUCAAGAAAGGAGUUCUCAUCCCCGAACAAGAUGAGCCCGUGAGCAACGAGAACCUGAACGGCCACGCCACCUCGAGCGUGAGGUCGGAGGAAGUGACGGUCGACAUAGAGUCACCUGGCGCACAGCGGCAGGAGCCGGCGGUCGCACCUGUCGACGGCACCGAGGACAAAACAGUCAAAUCGCAGCCAAAGAAGCCGAGCGGCGCCACAAAAACGGCUCCGAACUCCACGUCCAGCCCUCGCUCUAAGGAUUCUGGAACCACGGCGCGUUCGACCGGAGCGGACGCCAAGACGAACCGGAAAUCUGACCCGCCGUCUUCCUCCGGACCUCACAAAACACAAGGGGCGAAGGCGGACUCCAAAUCCUCCGAUCCAAAACCCUCGGCGUCCAAAAACAACGAGGGGAAGGAAAGUAAAGCCGCUCCUAAACCCGCACAGACUGCCCCCGGUGGAGCGGAGGACUCACUGAACACUGAGGCGGAGCGCAAAGCCGCCGCCGCCGCCUCGUCUUAUGUUAACCCCGCGACCGAGGACACUUCUUUCACCGAGGAGACGGACGGCUGUUUACAGGGGGGGCAGCGGUCACAGCAGGGGGGGCAAAGAGGAGAGGAGGAGCGGUCAGGGGAGGCGGAGUCUGCUGACCAAGACACGCCCAGGUCGGCGGCGGAGGGUCAGUCUGAAAAGAGCCUCAGCGUGAACACGGAGCACCCGGAGGUCACCGUGAUCCCCGACCGUCCCAGGAGCCAGACCAGCGACUCGGACUCGGACGGGCCGAUCCUGUACCGCGACGACGAGGAGGAGGAGGAGGACGACGAGUACACCAACAGCUCUUUGGCCAAUAAAAUCCGGAGGCGAGACACGCUGAAUAUUAAACUUGGAAACCGCCCGAGUAAAAAGGAGUUGGAGGAAAAAAACAUUCUUCCUCGGAGCUCGGAGACGGAACGACAGGAGCUGCGCCAACAGAUCGGCUCCAAACUCGUCAGGCGCUUGAGCCAAAGACCCACCACAGAGGAGCUGGAGCAGAGGAACAUACUCAAACAAAAAAAUGAAGCGGAGGAACAAGAAGCCAAACAAGAGAUUAAAAGACGCCUCUCCAGAAAGCUGAGCGUGAGGCCGACAGUCGCAGAACUCGUCGCUCGCAGGAUCUUGCGUUUUAAUGAGUACGUGGAGGUCACAGACGCCAGCAACUACGACCGACGAGCGGACAAGCCCUGGACCCGGCUCACGCCCGCAGACAAGGCUGCUAUUCGGAAAGAGCUGAAUGAGUUUAAGAGUCGGGAGAUGGAGGUUCAUGAGGACAGCAAACAUUUCACCAGAUUCCACCGGCCGUGAGCGUCCCUGGUGUUGGUCAUCAUCGCCCCCUGGUGUUGGUCCUCAUCGCCCCCUGGUGUUGGUCAUCAUCGCCCCCUGGUGUUGGUCCUCAUCGCCCCCUGGUGUUGGUCAUCAUCGCCCCCUGGUGUUGGUCAUCAUCGCCCCCUGGUGUUGGUCCUCGGCGCCCCCUGGUGGUCCUCGGCGCCCCCUCUUCUGCUUGCUUCCCCCCUGUAACCUCACGUUUGUGUGGCAGCUCCAGACGUGUUUUGGACUUUAGUUUUUCUCUGACGUUUGCACAUAUCUCAUGCCUUGUGAAGCACUCCGAGUAUUUAUUUGAACGGCCAAGAGCUGCCUGUAAUAAUUUAUGAUUUUUUUUUUAUUUUUUAAUGUCCUUUUUUAAAAUUUUAAUCCAGUGUUUAAAGGAUUCGGGAGUAAAACGACUGGAGCUGUGUGCGGUGGGAGCGAUGCUUUCGUUCUCCGCUGUGUUGAAAUGUAUCCGGACAAAAUUCCACACACGGAUCACCUCCCGAACACGGAAUCCUGGACAUGUGACUGGCCGAGCUGUGAAAGGAGCGUGUGCCUCUUAAGAUGAACUCAAAUACUGCUGUUAAACAUAUUGAAAUUGUGUGUGUUGCCACUAGAGGGCAGUGUAUCACAAGGAUUCUUCUUCCUCUUCCUCAUCGUCAGUGUUUUAUCGUAGGAGCACUGGUCACUUAGGCUUCAAAGUGCAAUGGCUAAAACAAUCUCAGCUGGUAAAAUAAGGAAACAAACUAGAUCUGAUUUCAUUUUUUUGUUUGUUUAGUUUGAACAAAUUGGUGCCAAAUCAUGUUUGGACGUGGGUUCAUUUUUAGCGUCUCUAUUUGGAGCAUUUCCUCUGUAAAUGGAGGGUGACAGGAGUUUUUAAACGUGUUAUAUUUAACUUUUUCAAAGCCUCUCAAAGCUCAUUAUUCAUUCACUUCCACAGUUAAUUAAUCUGGUUUAUUGAAGCUGCCGUGCCUCCCAAUUAUGAAGUUAUUUCUGCGUCUAUAGGAAACAUUUGGAACAACAACAUUUCCUCUGCAAAUAGAGACAGAGGAGUUUUUAAAGCAGAAGUGUUUAAUAUUCAAUUAUAUUUAUAGUUAAAAUCUUAAUCUGAUUUAUUGAAGCUGUGUCUAUAGGAAACAUUUGGAACAUUGGAGCGGACACUACAGACGAAGCACAUGUUUUUUUAUAUUCUUUUUAAAAUGGAAAAUGAUUUGAAAUGACUGCCUCCUGAUUAAGACGUUAUUACUGUGUCUAAAAGAAAAUGAACCUGGAAAAUCCAAACUGAUCUCUGCGUUUUUUUAUACAGAUUGACAUCAGUCUGGUCUCCUCGUCCUCCUCGUCCUCCUCGUCCCCCUCGUCCUCCUCGUCCUCCUCGUCCUCCUCGUCCUCGGUCAAACGUGAACGUCCAAUCAGAUCUGUUUAUUUCAGUGACACAUGUGAAACGAAGGAGCUCAUUGGUCGCUUAUGAUUUACAAAUAAACUCAAACUUCGCUCAAUGAUUCUGCUGUAAUCCGCCAUGUUUUUCAGCCCCCCGUGAGAUUUUUUUUCCUUUACUGUUCCCGAUGCGUGUCCCCGAUUGGCUAAUCCACCUGUCAAUCACCGGUGACUCGCAUCGUUAAGUGAAGAAGAAGUGAGUGUUCUGGAUUUAAACUGAUUCAAAACAGCGACGCAAACAUCGAUCAACCAAUCAGCGUUUAUUUAUAGAGCAC